GUACACGAGAAGGCCAUUGAGCGUUUCAUCGUGGGCCUUUCGGAGGAAUCGAUUGGCUUCUUGCGCCGCGAGGUCUACAAGAGGUUCUUCCAGCUUGCCCCGGCGGGCCAGGAUCAUUUCAAGCAGUCCACAACAAGGCUACACUUUAUUGCGGACAAGAUUAUUGAGAUGACCGUGGAGAUGUACAAGCAGCCUAAGAGGAUGGUUGAGGACAUUUCCGCGCUCGGCCUUCGCCAUGUCGGUUAUGCCAUUCCCACAGAGCUCUUCUCGCCGUUUGUCUCCGGCGCCGUGGAUGUGGUGCGGCUUCUGACAACGGACGGAAACGCCGAGGAGGCCUUCCGCUGGUCCUUGACGCUGGUCUCCAAAAUCCUCGUGCGGACCAUCCUAGAAGGCUCCACAGUCGUGAUGAAAGCCGUGAACACCAACUCAGACAAGGCCUUGCGAAAGGCAAUUUCUGUGGCGCCCCGUGGCCGACGCGCAACAGAUUUGCUCAACAUCACGGUAGGGACACAGUCCAUCUCGCCACUCUACUGGUCCAUUGAGAGCGGCAGCCUCAACUGCGCGAAGGCCAUGAUUGAAGACCUCUUGACCAUUCGGGCGGAUCGAGACAAUUACUACUAUGGCUGCGAUGCGUUGUUCAACCGGCAUCCGGAAGCUAUCCAUCGCCUGUGUGUAGAUGCUCCAACCUUGCUUCCGGCCUUGCUGGACGGCCUGGUGUGGCGUUCCCGCAUCGCAACCGGAGGCCGGGCGCUUGAACAGGCAGAGAUCACCAUGAUGCUGUUGCAUAUACCCAAGGCUUCAAUAAAGCCCCUAAAAUAG